CUUCGGGAGAGGACGGUGGCUGCCGGGCUAAAGAUGGCGGCGCCCUGGUGGCGAGCCGUGCUGUGUGGAAGUCGGGGCUGGCGGGGCUUCAGCACCUCGGCCGCCCGCAGCCGCCGGACCGCCCCGCUCGGGCCGAUGCCCAACGAGGACAUCGACGUGAGCGAUCUGGAGCGGCUGGAGAAGUACCGCGGCUUCGACCGCUAUCGGCGCCGGGCCGAGCAGGAGGCGCGGGCCCCGCACUGGUGGCGGACCUACCGGGAGCACUUCGGGGCCGAGACAGAUCCCAGAGGUGAGAUCGACAUUGGGCUGCCCCCACCCCAGGUCAGCCGGGCCCAGCAGCUGCUGGAACGGAAACAGGCCCUCCGGGAACUGCGGGCCAGCGCGCGGGAGGAGCAGGCCGCCCGCCUCCGCACAGCCAGCAUCCCCCUGGAGGCUGUGCGGGCCGAGUGGGAGCGGACCUGCGGCCCCUACCACAAGCAGCGUCUGGCCAAGUACUACGGCCUCUACCGAGACCUGUUCCACGGGGCCACCUUCGUGCCCCGUGUCCCCCUGCACGUGGCCUACGCCGUGGGUGACGAGGACCUGGUGCCCGUGUACCACGGCAAUGAGGUGACCCCGACCGAGGCUGCCCGCGCCCCGGAGGUGACGUACGAGGCAGAGGAGGGCUCCAGGUGGACCCUGCUGCUCACCAACUUGGAUGGGCACCUGCUGGAGCCGGACGCCGAGUACCUCCACUGGUUGGUAACCAACAUCCCAGGCAGCCGGGUGGCAGAGGGACAGGAGACCUGUCCCUACCUGCCCCCGUUCCCCGCCCGCGGCUCCGGCUUCCACCGCUGUGUCUUCCUGCUCUUCAAGCAGGACGAGCCCAUCGACUUCUCGGAAGACAGCCGGCCCUCCCCCUGCUACCGGCUGGCCCAGCGCACCUUCCGCACCUUUGAUUUCUACAAGAAGCACCAGGCAGCCAUGACCCCAGCCGGCCUGGCCUUCUUCCAGUGCCGCUGGGAUGACUCCGUCACCCACAUCUUCCACCAGCUCCUGGACAUGCGGGAGCCCGUGUUCGAGUUCGUGCGGCCACCCCCUUACCACCCCAAGCAGAAGCGCUUCCCCCACAGGCAGCCCCUGCGCUAUCUGGACCGGUACCGCGACAGCCACGAGCCCUCCUAUGGCAUCUACUGAGGAGCCAGAGGGCCCGAGAGAAGGGGCGCUCCGGGCGGCGCUGGAGUGCCAAUAAAGAUGUUUCCG